UCGCUCCGGUUUCCUGAGGAGGUGCUCGUUCUGCCUGACCCGGAAGUGCUCCUCCUUUCGGUGGCAGAGAAAGGAGACCGUAGAGCGCUGGAGUGUGGAAGUAGGGGUCGUGCACUGUCGUCAGUAUGCAGCGGUUGAUUUUUCCGCCCUUGAAGGCCUUGACCGGGAGCCAGGGUCUCCGGCUCCUGGUUCCCAGGGCGGCGCCUAGAGCACAGUGUGGUUGCAGCUGUGGCAUCAGGUGCCCUUUGAGGCCAGGGCAAUACAGCACCAUCUCUGAAGUAGCUUUGCAAUCUGGAAGGGGUACAAUGACCCUUCCCUCAAAGGCUGCUGAGCGGGUGGUAGGCCGAUGGCUCCUGGUCUGCAGUGGAACAGUGGCUGGAGCAGUUAUUCUUGGUGGAGUAACUAGGUUGACAGAGUCUGGCCUCUCGAUGGUAGAUUGGCAUUUAAUAAAGGAGAUGAAGCCACCUGCAAGCCAAGAGGAAUGGGAAGCAGAAUUCCAAAGAUACCAGCAAUUUCCAGAAUUUAAAAUCUUGAAUCAUGAUAUGACGUUGGCAGAAUUCAAAUUCAUCUGGUACAUGGAGUACUCACACCGAAUGUGGGGUCGCCUUGUAGGCCUCGCAUACAUCCUGCCUGCUGCCUACUUUUGGAGAAAGGGCUGGCUCAGCCGUAGCAUGAAAGGACGGGUUCUUGCCCUCUGUGGCUUAGUCUGCUUCCAGGGUCUGUUGGGAUGGUAUAUGGUGAAAAGUGGAUUAGAAGAAAAACCAGACUCUCACGACAUCCCUCGGGUCAGCCAGUAUCGCCUUGCUGCCCACCUGGGAUCAGCCCUGGUUCUUUACUGUGCCAGCUUGUGGACCUCGCUCUCACUGCUGCUCCCUCAGCACAAGUUGCCUGAAACCCGUCAACUCCUACGGCUGAGACGAUUUGCUCAUGGAACAGCAGGUCUAGUGUUUCUUACAGCUCUCUCAGGGGCUUUUGUGGCAGGGCUGGAUGCUGGGCUUGUUUACAAUUCCUUCCCCAAAAUGGGAGAAUCCUGGAUCCCAGAGGACCUCUUUACCUUCUCCCCCAUCCUGAGGAAUGUUUUUGAGAAUCCCACCAUGGUGCAGUUUGAUCACCGGAUUCUGGGAAUCACUUCAGUCACUGCCAUUACAGCUCUCUACUUCCUCUCCCGGAGAAUUCCCCUUCCUAAAAGGACCAGGGUGGCAGCAGUGACUCUGCUGGCUUUGGCGUAUACACAGGCGGGCUUGGGCAUUAGCACCCUGCUGAUGUAUGUUCCGACUCCUUUGGCUGCCACUCACCAGUCAGGCUCCUUGGCUCUGCUCAGUAGUGCCCUUUGGCUCAUGAACGAACUCCGAAGAAUCCCAAAAUAAUUCUCAGAGGAUCAGCUUCUUAGGACUGAAACUGUGCUUUUGAGAGUUUAUCACAGAGCACAAGAACUUGGGCUUUUCUACCAGGAUGGCCUUGGCAUACCAAGAGGUUUCCAAAUUGGUCAAGUUAUUUAAAACUCUUUGCCUGUUUUGAGAUAAUCUCUGGAUCAAGAAUGGCACUAAGUAUGGUAACGCUAAAAGUUCCUCUUUAAAUCUGUUACUUUUUCACAUUGAAAAAGAAAUGUCUGCCAUUUGUGGCUUCGUAAUAGGCUCUGUCUCAGGUUUCUCAGUAUUGGCAAGGUCUUGGUUCUACAUGCAUGAUUUCUGUCUCCUUGUUCUCCUCAGUCCUGAAUUUUGCUUAAGUAGAAUUUCUUUAUGAUCUUAACUUCAUUUCCAUCAGGCGAAGGUUCAAAGGGGGGAUUGGCACAUACUAAAGUAGCCAGCUAGCCUACAGCAAAAAAUAGCUAAUGACUUCUAGUAUCCUGGUUUUUAAAAAUGGAGAAAUCAUAGAUUUUGACAAGCUUAAUGUGCCUAUGCAGCAAAAUGGUUUAUAAGUACUUAGAAAAGGAGGUAAUCAUUAGUAACCCACUUGGAUUUGUCAAGCACUUAACCUAGUUUUUCUUUUAAUAGUGCUGUUACAUUGCUAGGAGUGGAAUAGACAGUAUAAAUUGGUUCCUGAAAGGGCUUCCUAACAGCCUUGUCAAUAAGAAAAAUAUGGCCUUGAUGGUCUAGUAUGUGGACAUCUAUUCAGACAUUUAAACAAAUUGUUGACUACUGAAAUGGUGUGAUUUGGGUCUCUAUUGAUAUUUCACAGACCUCUGUCUUAUUUAACUUUAUUUUUUAAAUCAGUGAUUUGGAUGAAGGCAUCAGAAACAUCUGAUUUGAGGAUGGGCAACCCAACAUUGCUUACAGAUGACAGCAACAAAUCAACAGAGUCCCAAAGUGACCCCAUCAAGAUGAAAUUAAACAGAUUAUAAAUGUAACAUAUUCAUUUAAAUUAAAUAAGCUAUGUACAUUUGGGUGAAGAAACCUGGCUUUGUAUUAUUUCAUAUAAAAAAAAGAGGGGAUUUCAGUUGGCCUUAGGCUCAACGUGAACCAACUGUAUAUGUGUUAUCACAUGACCACACAGAAAAAUUAGUGUACUACAAGUUGUUUUAUCAAUAGAAGUGCUACCAGCCAUAGUUGGAAUACCCGUAAGGUGUUACAUUUCACUCUGGGUACCAAAUUUAAGCAGGACAUUGACCACUAAGUGUGUAUCCAGAGGAUACGACUACUAAACUACUACUAAGCUCUGGCCUGUCGCUGCUCUGCAGGUCCAAAGUUGUCAGAUCUUCUGGUUUUUUAAAGAAGCCAAAUAUCUAGAUUUUUAUGUGAACACUCUAAAUUAAGUGUUGGCAACUAAUUUCAAGUUUUUAAAAAUGUUAUACAGGCUUAACGUGUGGGAGCCAUAAAUGCCCUAAAGUUUGUCCAUUUGCAGUCUCUGAACUAGAUGAUCUCAGUUCCCUCUCAGUUCCAGUAUUCUGUGAGUUUCAGUGUGACCUACAGUGUACCAUUCUUAGGUGGUUGUUAGCAAAACAAAGAUAAACAGGACGGUUUGACUUAGAUUGUUCAAAAAUCCUGUACCCUGGUGGGCUUAUACUAUUGCCUAGAACUGCUUCCCAACUUCUCUUACAUUAGACUCUUAAAAAUCCUAAAGCCCAAGCCUCAUCUAAGACCAAUUAAAUCACAAUAUGUGGGAGCAGUAAUAGGCAUGUUUUUUAAGUUCUGCAGGUGAUUACCAAACACAGACAAGUUUGGGGACCAUUGACUUAGGUCCUAAUAGCCUAGUUACCUUAGAAAGUUGUGACCAGCUUAUUCCCAUUCCCUCCAAAUUUCCACCCCACCCCAUCAUUUAAUCUGUUGAUCCUGUUAGUAUGUUAAUAGGAUAUCAUCUCUUCUAUACAGGAUUCUUUAAAGAAGGAACUGCAGUCACUGCAACAGAUUCCCAAUGAUCAUCUCCUGAUCCCCCAAACCCAGGUUGUCCUUGGUUAAUAACUAAGUCAGCAGAGGGCAGUAUGACCUAAAGAACCGUAUGUUAAUGCUUCUACAGUUCCCUCCAAAAAAGUAGCAACUCAUAAAUAAGUUAAUGUUUCAGAUGUUUUACUUCAUUUUUCUUUAAUUACAGAUGAUGAAUACGUUUGAAAAACAUGUGGUUUCAUUUAGCUACGUAACUGUAUUAUGCUAUCUGUGAGCUCUUGAUGAAUGGUGAUUAUCUUAAUUUUUGUAUUUGUGUUAUUCCCAGCACCACCAGACACAUACUAAACAUGGAAUGAAUGAAUGAAUGCAUGAAUUAAUAGAAAAUGGAUGGUUGCACAUUGAUGUCCCAAACACCUCUUUCCCAAAAAAGUCAUCACAUAUGUAUAGGAUUAAAUGAAUUUUCCUUGGUAUUCUCAAAGAUCUCUUAAAAGUUCUGUCAGUUGUUUUUAUAACAUGAAGAAAUUAAAACAUAUGGCUUUCCUUAA